AAAUUAUUCCGGAAAUGUACACGACCUUGUACGAGUUUCACCAAACUGUUUGGUUAUUUGCUUGGAUUUGUACCGAUUAUAAAAUUGUUACCGAAAUAUAAUUGGAAAUCAGAUCUUCCGCGUGAUAUCAUCGGUGGUCUCACCACUGGAGUUAUGCAUGUUCCGCAAGGUAAACUAUCUUAA